AGAAGGACAGAGUCUCUGGCGCACACGCCUCCUACCCAAAUCACAGCCCGGUGCAGCCCGGCUCUCAUUCACAGCUUUCUAGAGAAAUCUGAGCUCCAACUGCCAGGAUAGGGGAUCUCACCCACCCAGUUCAGCCGCGAGGACACCUGCAGGAACACAUUCUCAAAGCAAGCCUGGGCGGCGGUGUGAAGUAAGCAAUGGCCUCAGUUUGGCCACCACCACAUAGAGCCUGAAUGUCCGGCUGUUUUCCUAGGACGGAAAGAAGACUCGCAGCGUAUUUGUUUUGGGGGCAGUCUUGUAGAAGCGUCGAAUGGGCCACGGAUUCAGCACGCUCUCACGUGAAUGGGACCAGUUUCUGUUCUUCCCAAACCUCAGAGCUUAAGCGCUUGGAAAGGAAAUUCGGCCAAGAUGACACAUUUGCAGGCUGGGCUUAGUCCAGACACGAUAGAGAAAGCCCGCCUGGAACUGAAUGAAAACCCGGACGUUUUACACCAGGACAUACAACAGGUCAGAGACAUGAUCAUCACCAGGCCAGACAUUGGGUUUUUACGUACAGAUGAUGCCUUCAUCCUGCGUUUUCUUCGAGCCAGGAAGUUUCACCAAGCUGAUGCCUUUAGACUCUUGGCCCAGUACUUUCAGUACCGCCAGCUAAACCUGGACAUGUUUAAAAACUUCAAGGCAGACGAUCCUGGCAUCAAGAGGGCUUUGAUUGAUGGCUUCCCCGGAGUGCUGGAAAACCGCGACCACUAUGGCAGGAAGAUUCUGCUGCUGUUUGCUGCCAAUUGGGAUCAGAGUAGGAACUCCUUCACAGACAUCCUUCGUGCCAUUCUGCUGUCCUUGGAAGUUCUCAUUGAAGAUCCUGAGCUUCAGAUAAAUGGUUUCAUUUUAAUUAUAGACUGGAGCAAUUUUUCCUUCAAACAAGCCUCCAAAUUGACACCUUCAAUCCUUAAGCUGGCCAUUGAAGGGUUGCAGGACAGCUUUCCUGCCCGCUUUGGAGGAGUCCAUUUUGUCAACCAGCCCUGGUACAUCCAUGCCCUGUACACGCUCAUCAAGCCGUUCCUUAAAGACAAGACAAGAAAGCGGAUUUUCCUACAUGGAAACAAUUUAAACAGCCUUCACCAGCUAAUACAUCCUGAGUUUCUGCCCUCUGAAUUUGGAGGAACCCUUCCUCCUUAUGACAUGGGGACUUGGGCCCGGACAUUACUUGGUCCUGACUACAGCGAUGAAAAUGACUAUACCCACACUUCCUAUAAUGCCAUGCACGUGAAACACACCUGCUCCAACCUGGAGAGAGAGUGCUCACCCAAGCCCAUGAAAAGAUCUCAGUCUGUGGUGGAAGCUGGGACCCUGAAACACGAAGAGAAGGGGGGGAACGAGAACACUCAGCCACUGCUGGCUCUGGACUGAGUCGCA